CGUUGAAAUUUUUGACGAGAUCGGUAUAAAUUUAAAUGUAUAAGCCUAUCGAAGUUGUGUAUCGGUUUAAAUCACGCCAGCUGAAACGAGAAUCGAAUGGAUGCAAAGUUGAUUCUAAUCUGCUCUAUUUGGAAAAACUGCAGAGAUUACAUUCGGUAGCAGUAGCUUAGCGAUAAACGGAAGUAUUAUUCGCAGAGAAGUAUUUUUUCUCUCAUAUGUGCUGGCAAAUUUAAUGUAUUAUAUAUUUAUCAAAUAAAUAUUAUCUGAAUUACCACAACCUUCGCUAUCAUUCAGAACUUGUAAUACAAUGUUGAGUUUAUUUUUGCCUGUAUAUGUAUAUAAAUACAUAAAUAUAAUAAUACAUUCGUAACGUAUAAUUUACGUUACAAAGUUUGUAUGGAUUGAAUUUAACGGGUGAAAUUAAAAGACAUAUAAGUCGUUAUAACAUUUGAAAUUCUUAUGAAAUUAUUUUUAAUGUUGUGAAAAUUAAUUACGUUCCUUAUUUUUGGAAUCCAAUUUUAGGGGAAAAUUUACUUUUCUUUUUCCAUUGGUUCUUGGGUGAUCCUGCAUUAGCAAUUUAAUUAAUUAUGGACAAAUUAACCCUUUCAUUGAGGAGCGAUGAAAAACUAAUUUCUCUUUGAGAAACCGGCGUAACAGUCUGAGAAUGUGAAUUAUUGGGAAGUUAAUAACAAAAUGAACAUAGUGCCUGAAGGCUAUUCUUUAGUUAAAUUUUAUAGGUACAUAUAUUGAUAUAAUCAAUUUUUGUUUACCGAUUAAGUUAGCUUUCUAUGAUAAGGCAGUUUUUUGAGAGACUCGUCGUUUAACUUUUUUUCUACCAGAUGGCGCGAUGUUAAAAAAAAUAGAAACACUUUUUGUUCAGAAUAUAAAAUAAUCUACCAUUUAAAUUUUUCAUAUUAAAUAUAGUUAGUAAUUAGGAAAGUUUAACUUUUUUCUCGCCGAAUAACAUGUAUACAAAUAUUUAGUUAUGAUAUGUAUUAUAAUUAAUUAUCAACGAGUGAAUAAAUUAUAACCAAGAAAAAUAUAAUAAUUUGAUGAAAGAACAUAACCUAUACUCGAUGUUUUUGUAUUAUAUUUGUCUACAAAGUUUCUUGUAAAAAUGGAUCAUUCAAACAUGAAAAGAACUCUUAUUCCAGAUAAUGAGGUAAAAAUUCUGGAACCGAUAUUAGUGAGAUUAAAUAAGAAUGAGUCUACGACACCUGAUAUUCAUAUCGAUAAAUCUGAGUUUAAAAUAGGGAGAGGAAAAGAUAAUGAUGAAAUUAUAUUAGAUACAUCAAUAUCCAGAAAACAUUGUAUUAUAAGAUAUGAAGGGAAUGGCGAAUGGACCAUCAAGGAUUUGAGUUCUAGUUAUACAUUUGUUAAUGAUGUUCUUCUUGAAUCAGGAAGUAAACGCAAACUUUCAGUUGGAGAUAUUGUUCAGCUUAGUACUAAUAGCGAUUAUAAAUAUGUGUUUACUCUUAACCUUACGGAAGAAACUUGUUCUAAAAAGCAGAAACUUGAUGAAGAAUUAUUUAACAAUGUUUUGAUGCAACAAAAAACAUUUGUUAACAAUCAAGAAAGUCAAAAUAAAGAAUUGCAAGAUAGAUUAGAAAAUAAGCAAAACCAUCAAUUAGAGUUAAAACAAAAAUUGAAUGAUUUGUUAACACAAUCGGAUAUAGUACCAGAUGAUAAAGAAUGUUUAAGGGAUCAGAUUGUAAAAUUAGAAAAGAAAAUAAUGGCCAAUAACAACCAAGAAAAACAUUUGCAAAAUAUGUAUCUUGAAAUACUACAAAAAUUAGAAAAUGAAAAAAAUUUAUUUGAAGCACGUUUAAAUGAAGAGAGACAAAAGUGGCAAAAGGCACUAGAUGUAAGUAAACAAGAAAAAGAAUUGCUGGAAGUUAAAAUGAAAGAACGAAUUGCAAAAUGGAGAGAAGUGCAAGCAGAAUGGAAGAAUAAGAUGAAAGACAGAGUAAAAAAAGAAAAAACCAUUCAAGCGCGAUUGUUAACUGAAAAAAUUCAGUUAGAAGAAAAGCUUAAAGAAACUACACAAGCUUUAGAAGAUAAAAAAAUAAAAUCAGAAUCUCCAGGAUCAGAAAAUGAACCCGGGACUAGCAUGUUUAUGAAAGACAGCUGCGUAUUACUUGAAGUUGUGGAUACUUCAAAAACGCGCAUCAUAGAUACUAUAGAUUUAACAGAAACUAAUGAAGACAACAGCAUAACAUUCGAAGAUGCGAUGAACAAAGUUAGUACUAUAAUGGAUGAACAAUUGACAUGUAGUGUAUGCUCUGAAUUAUUUAUAAAUGCAACAACUUUAAAUUGUACGCAUACAUUUUGUCUUCAUUGCAUUAACGAAUGGAAUAAAAAACGCAGAGAAUGUCCAAUUUGUCGAGUUUUUGUUACAUCUAUGAACAGAUCUUUAGUUUUAGAUAAUUUUAUUGAAAAUAUGUUGGACAAUUUGCCUAUACAUAUGAAAAAUAAGAGAGCCGAAAUUGUGAAAGAGCGUAAAGUUUUAGAAAAGAUGAAAAAAGGCCGUAAAAAAUAG